AUGGCUUCCAUGAGCGAAUGGGACAGGAAUGCAGCUGCUCUGGGUCCGCCCACGAGCCUAGCCGGUGGCACGAGAAGGGCCAGACCCUUCCACCCUGCUCUCCUUUCGGUCGGCCUGUCUUUGUCCGGCGUCGGCGGCGUCAAAGACGAUUGUUAUACUUAUGGGGGUCGCCCCGAGUUCCAGCUCGUGCUCGGGCCGCACUCGCAGGCCAUUGAUCAUCAUCCAAUCACUCUCACGUCGCCAUUGACGGACGGCAGCCAGGUCAUCAUGUAUCUCGACACGUACGAGCGCAUCGCCAUCGCGUGCAUCGUCUUCUACUCCUUCGCCCUCAUCGGCGGCAUCGCCCUCUGCUUCAAGCAUGGCGCCCACAAGUCGGCCGGAUGGCGUUUCCUCAUCAUCCUCGCCCUCGCCCGCCUCAUCGGCCAGUCGAUGCUGCUGGGGACCAUCGAUGACCCGACCAACGAGAGCCUCUACAUCGGCUGGAACACGCUCAACGGCCUCGGCCUCGGCCCGCUCGUCGUCAUGCUCCUCGGCCUCCUCGGCCGCGUCUUCGAGGGCAUCACGGCCGUGCGGCACGGCAACUUCAUAUGGCGUCCACAGUUCACCCGCCUUGUCGAGCUGCUCAUGCUCGUCGGUUUCAUCCUCAUCAUCGUCGGCGGAACCCAGAUUGAUUACGAGGUGCAGCCCUCGAGCGCCGAGGUGCCCGCCGUCCAAUACUCGGGCCUCACCGUCGCCGGCGUCGCCAUCUUCACCGCCGUCACCGUCAUCCUUUGCAUCGCCACCAGCAUCGUCUUCUUUCACUGGCACGACAUUCCAGACGGCGAGCACCGAAUCGCCGUCGCCGUGCUUAUAUCACUCCCCUUUGUCAUUGUGCGCCUCAUAUACUCGUGCAUCGAGGUCUAUGGCGACGUCGUACCCUCGCGCUGGAUGUACCUGGGCAUGUUCAUCAUCAUGGAGAUGAUCGUCGUCCUCAUCUGCGAGGCUCUCGGCUUCUCGCUCGGCAAGGCCGACGAGAGGGACAUGCCGCCCUUGCCGGGACAGACCGACCCGGAGCAGGCCGACCAGGAGAAGCAGGGUGGGGGACUCUGGUUCCCAGGUAAGCGGCUUCUCGCACGCCGCGAGAGGCGGCGUGGGAAUCUCUUUUAG